UGUGAAUUUGUUGCGUUAUUUUAUACUUCAAAAUUUCAAUGUUUCCUCCAAACCGAUCCAAAUUAUGAGUUUUGUAGCCAAAUGUGCACUGUGCAAACAAAAGCUUCCCUACAGCCAUUCCCAAACAGCCAUCUUGGUGGAACAUCUGCUUGAGAACCACCCGGAGCAGCAAUUCACGAUAGUACGCGCCGUAAAGGAACAGAUACGUGAUACUCCUCCGGAAGAGCACUCGCAUCGUCGAUCGAGCGCAUCAUCUAAAAUGUCACAAAUAUCGGUUAAACUUGAACCGAGAGCUAGCGGGUCCAAGCCGGUGAAACGGCCGACGAGCUCUGGGAAGCGAGCUAAUGAGAACUUACCUGAUAAGCGGGAUUUUACUGUGCGACGGCCUAGAGGACGGAAAAUGUUCUAUAAAACUAGUGUGGCCACCUGGCGUCCGGCACGAUGUCGAAUCACCUGUCCACAAUGCGGCGAGUGUCAAUAUCCCACAAUUCGCAUGACUGCCGACCGUUACUCGCAAUCCAUCUACGGUGCCACGUGGAUCAUGACCUGCUGGCCGUUUUGCUUUCUGCCGUGCUUGUUUACCGCACCCACCAAACACCAUCUGCACUGUUCCAAGUGCGGUGCAUUUUUGGGACUCUACAAUCCCAAUCAGGAAGUGAUUGAAACGAAUGGUCGUCGGAAUACAUCGUCAUCUUCAUCCUCGCAUGGCACCCAACGGAAAAGCAAUAUAUGCGAGGAACGAGCUGGAAUGGUCUGAU